AUGGUGUCCUCCUCGUCAACUUCUUCCCGACCGCUUGCAUCAGGCUCGACAACCCACCCGGACCUAAUCAAUCCAUAUCUGCCGGAUAUGAGCGAUCUCGCCGCUUCCCCUUCUGCGCCUAUCUCGGACCGCCCUCUCGAGCUCGGUGGGACACCAUUUCGCGCUUCAGCGGUAGAUGGGAUAGACUGGCCCGAUUCUGGACCUUCAUCCCAGCCGAUGCGGGCUUCUGGCCAGGCCAAGGUCGGGCCAUUUCAGGCAAAGGUCAUAGCGGCGAUGACGGGCGCGAUCGUCACAUCCCUCUUGAUGACGCCAUUUGACGUCCUCAAGACCCGUCUCCAGACUGUCCGCCCGCAUCCAUCCGACUCUGGCGUCAGCCUCGGCGCCCCCGUCCGCCCCACUUCCGAAUGCUGUCAGACCUCCCUCCUGACUCAGCCCGCUGUCUCUGCUCGUCGAACAGGCAAGACCAAAGCUCCGCCAUCUACGAAUCCCUUGACAUGCUUCACCUCCCCCGCACCAGACGAUAUCACCUCUCGCGCCUCCUCGGCCGGACGUUCUGCCACCGCAGCGGCAAGAGCUACCUUUUCGUCCUUGACGGCACCGGGACAUGGGCCGAUCAUUGCGCCAGCAGAAGCGCCGCGGGGAUGUGCGUUUCCGAGCAAGUGGGCGGGGAUAUGGGGAGACGCUGUGAGCUUCGAGGAGGCGCUAGCGAGGAAUGUAAGAGGCGGCGGGGGUGGAGCGGGGGUGAUGGGUGCAGAAGGCAUGGCGACGCUCGUGCUGCCGCUGCAGGGGAUGGUGAGGAGUGGGUUCUGGGGAGAGGUGGCUGCUGUAAGGUCGGAAGUGGGGGUUAGGGGUUUAUGGAAGGGUGUUGGAACGGCACUAACGAUGUCCAUCCCCUCCGCCGCAAUCUAUAUGAUCGGCUACGAGCACCUCCUCACCCGCAUAUCCCCCUACUUCUUUAAUUCUACCGACCCUGACGCACACAUCUCUUCGAUUCAUCGGAAACCCGGCUCCUCUGCCCCUCCCACCCCGUUCACUGUCGCCCCUCUUGUCGCUGGCGCGCUUGCCCGCACGCUGUCGGCCACCACUAUCAGUCCAAUUGAGAUGUUCAGGACCCGCCUGCAGGCUUUACCGAGCCAGGGGGUCUCGCCGUCCUACGCGAGCGUGUUCAAGGACAUGAGCGCUUUGGUCAAGGCUCAGAACCUGACUGUGCUGUGGAGAGGUCUGGGACCUACUCUCUGGCGAGAUGUGCCUUUCUCAGGGAUAUACUGGGCGGGCUUCGAGAUCUUCAAGACCAACCUCUCUCUUCCUACCUCCCCCCUUCCCCCUCUCUCCCCACUCACCAUAUCCUUCCUCUCCGGCGCCAUGGCGGGAACCAUCUCCGCACUCGUCACUCAGCCCUUUGACGUCCUCAAGACCCGCCGGCAGGUCUUUACACCCAGCAAAGACUGCUCGCCCGCUGCGCUUCGACACAAAGCGAGUACUUUGCCGUUGGCGAUGCACGUGAUCAAGACGGAAGGGUGGGGCGCAUUGUUUGCGGGUACGGUACCGAGGUGCGGCAAGGUGGCGCCGGCGUGUGGGCUGAUGAUUGCUUGUUAUGAGGGUGUGGGGAGGUAUUUGGGUGGGGGUGGCGAAUAG